UAACUUCUCAUCAACAUACACAGAUAUUUACACGUCUUUGUAAGAAAAACCCUUCACAGUUAACAUGCCUUGCUACUUCUUUCCGUGAUCACUCCUCUCCAUGCUCUUCAAACAACGUUUCCAAUUUGCUACCUAGGUUUCUAAACUGUGCCUUCGUAUGGCUUCUGUAUCCUUUGAGUCUCAUUCCUCUUCUUCAUCCUCUUCUAGACAUGGAUCGACCUACGAUGUCUUUUUGAGUUUUAGAGGAGCAGAUACUCGCAACAAUUUUACAGAUCAUCUUUAUGCUGCCUUAGACCAAGCGGGAAUCUAUACGUUUCGGGACGGUAAUGAGCUUCCUCCAGGAAAGGAAAUCUCCCCACAACUCAGUAGGGCAAUCCGAGAAUCAAGGAUUUCUGUAGUGGUUUUCUCCAAAGGCUAUGCUUCUUCUAGAUGGUGUCUUGACGAACUUGUAAAGAUUCUUGAGUGUAGGCAUGCCAUGGGGCAGCUUCUUGUUCCUAUAUUCUAUGAUAUCGAUCCGUCAUAUGUGCGAAAACAGAAAUGGAAUGUUGGUGAAGCUCUUAAGAGAAAAGAAGAAGACUUUGAGAUUGAAAUGGAGAGGUUGAAAAGGUGGAGAGAAGCUCUUGAUGAGGCCGGAAAUAUAUCUGGAUGGAUUCUGAAGGAUAUGGCAAACGGGUAUGAAUCGAAAUUUAUUCAAAAGAUUGUUGAAGAUUUGUUGCAUAAAUUAGGUCCCAAAUGCUUAGACGUUGCCAAGUAUCCUGUAGGUAUUGAGUCUCGUGUUGAUUAUAUUAUUGACCUGCUAAGCAUCCAGUCAAAUGAUGUUCGAGUUGUGGGUGUGUAUGGGAUGCCAGGAAUAGGUAAAACAACAAUAGCGAAAGCUGUAUUCAAUCAACUAUGUCAUGGAUUUGUGGGAAGCUCUUUUAUUUUGAAUGUCAAGGAAAAAACAGUAGAGCAAUUACAAGAGCAGCUUCUUUGUGAUAUUUUGAAACCAAAUACUUGGAAGAUCGAUAAUGUUUCUAAAGGAGUCAAUUUGAUGAAAGAUCGUUUUCGUCACAAAAGAGUUCUUGUUGUUCUUGAUGAUGUUGAUCAACUUAAACAACUAGAAGCAUUGGUGAGAGAGAGAAAUUGUUUUGGUCCAGGAAGUAGACUAGUCAUUACAACGAGAGAUGAACAUUUACUAACUCAAAUUGAAGUGGAUGGGAAAUAUCAUGUUAAGGAAUUGCAUCAACAUGAAUCCCUUCAGCUUUUUAGUUUGCACGCCUUUAAGGACACCCAUCCAGAGGAAGAUUAUGUGGAGCUAUCGAAUGCUAUAGUUGACUAUGCUGGAGGGGUUCCCUUAGCUCUUGAAGUUUUAGGUUCUUAUUUGUUCAGAAGAAACAUAUCUGUAUGGAAAAGUGCUAUUAAGAAACUACGGAAAAUUCCAAACAGACAAAUUCAGAGAACACUUAGAAUAAGUUUUGACACCUUGGAUGAUGACAACGUGAAGGCCAUGUUCCUCGAUAUUGCAUGCUUUUUCAUUGGUUGGGACAAAGAAUAUGUAGUAGAAAUACUCCAUGGUCGUGGCUUCUUUCCUGAUAUCGGCAUUGAUAUUCUCAUCCAAAGGUCGCUCUUGUCAAUUAAUGAUGAAAAUGAGUUAAACAUGCAUGACCUCAUAAGAGACAUGGGCAGGGAGAUUGUUCGUGAAGUCUCAUAUGACCAUCCUGGGAAACGCAACAGAAUUUGGCUUCUUGAGGAUGCCUUAGAUGUCCUCAACAACCAAACGGGAACAGACGCGGUGGAGGGUCUCGCACUAGAUGUUCGAGCAUCAACAGUUGCAUCUCUUAGCACAAAAUCAUUUACAAAUAUGAGACAUUUGAAAUUACUUCAAAUCAAUGGAGCACAUCUUGCCGGAAGCUACAAGCUUCUACCGAAACAGUUGAUAUGGCUUUGUUGGCUUGAAUGCCCUAUGAAAUCUUUGCCAUCUGAUCUCCAGCUAAACAACCUGGUUGUUCUUGAUUUGCAGCAUAGUAACAUCCAAGAACUUUGGAAGGGGACUAAGAUUCUCAAUAAGCUUAGAAUCCUCAAUCUUAGCUAUUCCAAGCUCCUUGUCAAAACACCAAACUUCCAAGGACUCCCUAGUUUGGAGAUACUAAAACUUACAGCUUGCACGAGUUUGGCCAACGUACAUCCAUCUAUUGGACAUUUAAAAAGGCUUGUUUCGUUGAAUUUUGAGGGAUGUUGCAGGCUAAAAACUCUUCCAGAAAGCAUUUGCAACUUGAAAUCCAUUGAAACUCUAAAUAUUAGUUUCUGCUCACAACUAGAGAAAUUGCCAGAAUUCUUGGGUGAUAUGGAAUCCUUAACUGAGUUGUUAGCAAAUGGAACUGCAAUUAAGCAACUUCCCGCUUCAACUGGGCAUUUGAAGAAGCUAACAAGGUUAUCAUUGGUUGGAUACAGCUACAAACAUGAUCUACAAUCUAAAUCAUGGUUUUCUCGAUUUUCUUCAUGGCUUUCACGGCGAAGCUGUUCUACCUCCAUAGCUAUGCUACCAACUCCUUUAACUGGUUUGACCUCAUUGAAAGAACUAGAUAUAAGUUAUUGUGGUCUACCUGAAGCUUCAAGCUCCAUUGAUAUUGGGAGUUUGUCCUGUCUUGAAAAGCUGAAUUUGUCAGGGAGCAAAUUCUCCAACCUGCCUCCUAGCAUUGGGCACCUUCUUAAUCUUAAGGAUUUGUGGGUUCGUAGAUGCCCAAAUCUAUUCCUAUCAACCUCAGAACUUCCAUUAAGUUUGACGAGGUUGUAUGCUUGUAUUUGCUCGACAAUGGAAAAGGUGCCAGUUCUGGGAGAAAAGAGACUCUUAGUUACUUCAGUUGGGUGCCUAAAUUUAAUAGAGUUUCGGGAGAAGGAACUUCUGGACACUAGCUCAUCCAUUCUGAACUUUGAUGACUGCAACGAUUUAUCAAAUAAUUAUAAGGAAACUCUUGUUCAGGAAUUGUUCAAAGGUGAAAUGUGUGAGAUUAGCUUCUCUGCCAGUGAGAUACCAGAAUGGUUCAGCCUUCGGAGAGAAGGAUCUUCAUUAUCAUUUCAUUUACCUUCAGUUUUAGGUUCAGAUGGUAAUCAACUCCAAGGGCUGCUUAUUGGGGUUGUCUAUGCCACCACUUUAGAAGGGUCAUUUGCUCCGUGUAGAACUCUUUUAAGAAAUAAGAGCAACGGUAAGGUAUUGUUUGAAAGGUCCAGCAGCAUCAAAUUUGACCCAAGUUCCACUAGGAAUUCUUGGAUUCUGAGUCUACCGUUGAUUGGGGGGUAUCGAUGCGCAGUGAAAGGAGUGGAGGAAUUGGAGCUGAAUGUCGAAAUAAGCUCCAGUGGAGUUGAACAGUGUGGGGUUCAUCUGAUAACAAAAAAUAAUGCUGUUUCAAAUAUUGGUAAGUUGGAUCGUGACAUUUACAGCCUUGCUCGGACAGAUACAAUGAUAGUUCCAUCUUACCAUCAUCAAGCCGUAGCGUCUUCAUCUCCCAAUGAAUGGUUGAAAAGUUGUUUAACAAGGGAGUUGCAAAGAUGGAAAAUUUACUCCGCGAUUAAGGUUUCAUUUGGUAUGGAUUUUAUAUAUUGAUAUAAGUUGUUUAUUAAGUUUUGAGUUUUAUUGAUUUAAAUGAAAAAAAAUCACAAAAUUGAGUUGAAAUUUCAAUGUAAUAAAAAGAAAUUAAUAGUUUAAGAUUAGAAGUAGAUAAUCUUCUCGACCAGAACUUUUCAUCAUAACACAUAUACUAAUCUAGUCUCUGACAUAUUUAUUUGUACAUGGUUAUUGUCUCAAGGA